UGCUGUUGGAGUUUUUCUAAUUACAGCGGAGCUGUCCACUUCAGCACCUCACAUGCACAAUGAAACGAUGAAGCAUUGAAUAUCUGCUGCAUCUGCACCUCUUCAUGGUACCAUCAGGUGAUUUAGAGGAUGAUAUUGGAGUCCAUCCAGACUUUCUCUCAGAUGUGAACUCCAACAAACCUCCAGAGCAAACAAGAUGACCAGUGUUGAUUAAUCAAUUACAGAGAACAGGUGUUGUGCUAUCUGCAGGCUGCUUUUGGUCAGGCAUGUCUCAGUCAGGUAAAAUCCUCCACCUCUAUGUAGAGGUGAGAUCUGUCACUGAUGAAGAGGGAAAAGACCUGGGAGAUGUGGAGAAAACAGACUCCCUCAUGUUGACAGCACCAGAUAUCCUUCAACAGUCUCAGUAUGGUGGCCCUAAUGCCCCACAUGGCCGGACAUCUCCACGUGGAGUCCUGCAUAAAGGUGGAAGCAGCACUCAGAGCCUGGCCUCCAGUAAAUCAACAUCUAGACACUCCGUAAGUUUUCAGCUACAUCCAGGACAUGACUCGGAACAAACGGCCACCCAGCACCAAAAGAGUCUACCUUAUGAUGAGAUAAACCAGUUACUCUCUGCUUUUCAAACAGGAUCCACUGGAAAUACAUGUCACUCGGUGUGUGCUCCUUCUGAACGUGACCCCUUCCUUGGAAGGGAACCUCACUUCUCAGGAUGGUUUACUGCCCCUCCUACUCCUAGUGGAACUCGUAAGGCAUGCAGCCCAACUAAGAUGAAGGGAGGAGAUGAAGGGAGGAGAUCUGUUGCCACUUUCAGUUACAUUGAAAAAGCUAAAAUUAAAUCUGUAGAGGGUCAGUAUAGCUCUUUGUGCCAAAGCGAGCCUCAGAAUCCCUUCAACAGAACCAUAGAGGAUCGAGCUACUCCUCAUCACCUCAGAAAAAGGCUUAGUGACCCAGUGUGGUUCAACGGCUUGGAGUCCAUGAACAAUUGUAGCUCAAAACAGCUUAGUCAAGGUUUGGGGAACUCACAUAUGAGUACCCCCAGUUUUAGGCGGGCAACUCUAGACUCUGUUGCCAGGGAAGCCACCCAUCGGGCAUUAGAGGAAUUUGGUUCCCCACAACUAAGACAAAAACUGGCAGGCAACUAUCCUGAUAGAGGUCAUGAUGUCAGGAAAGGAGAACAACGUCGCUGUCGGUCUUGGUCUGGGUCACCAGUUAUACCAUGCAGUUCUAGGACGCUGCCCACUAAAGCAACAAUCAUAGAUCAUGAGAAGAAUAGUUCGUUUUAUAGACUUCCUAGGAGCCCUGCUACAGACCAACUGUCUAACCAUGCCAAACAAACCUACUUUACCAUGUCACACUCAACCGUCAACACUCAGGAGGUCUCCAACCAAAGAGCACAAGGGUAUAGGUGUCGCCCAAAUUUACCAUCCUGUAAGCCUACAGCUAUUCAACAUGAACUGCCAGCUAUGAUUGUAACUCAACCAUCUAGCAAUCAACUAAUCAGUCAUUCUAUGAAUGAUAGUCCACGGCAAGCCCACAGAGUUAAUUUCAACCUGACCAACUCCAAAAAUAAGGUAGAAGAAGGAGCUAACCAACUGAGUAGAAGGGGGAGCGUAUCCCCAGCCACAAGUCCCGAAAUGGCUCGUAAACUAGCGGAGGAAGCCACCAAACUCUCCAUACUUAUGGAAGCCAGGAGGUCUCCAUCCCCAACCCCGUCGUCGACUGACACAGUAAGGUCUGAAAGUCCCUGUUUGGGUCAUUCAAGAGAGCCUCAACUCUAUGCUAGUUUCCAGGGCUCUGGAGCAAAAACUCCCUCUAAUUGCAACCUUCCUGUUCAGGAGCACAAUUGGAAACACGAGUCUGUCGAGACUGGUCACCACUCUGUUCAAACAACCCCUCUUUUACCCCACAUUGGAAGUACAUCUCCUGCAGCUCCAGCAAGGUUGAACCGAUCAGACGUAAUAUCAUCCUCUCCCAUACGAGACCCACGGAUAGAGAGAACAGAGUUGGGGGGAAAGGACAGCCCGACUUUGCACCGGCACCUGCCUUCCCAGUACACAAGAAACAAUCAUACACCUAACUAUGAAUGUUGGCAGUAUGAUACUCUCAGAGGUCACAAAGACAGUCCAGAUAGCAGCAGGAGACCUUUUACAAGGCCUAACCCAGAGACUCCAGCAAGCUGGGCCUUUCACCAAAAGAAUGGGAUAGAAGAGUGCUUAGCCAAAGACAAGGAAAGCUUGAGGGAGGUGAACAAUCAUAAGAGGAAUAGUCCAGCUACACCGGGCUCUCAAGAGAACCAUUGUAGGGUCUCAAUGCAGCUCAAUGAGAUGAAAGGUGACACUCGGACUAACAAAGAGUGGAGUGGUACAGCAUCACAGAGCUCCAGUGGAGUCACAGGCAGCCUUAUAGAGAGCACUCUACAUGAGAAAGACUGCAUAUCAUCUGAGACAUCUAGCAGAACCAGCCAGAAGAGUUCUGACUCUGGAAACACAGGCAUACAGUCUGAAAGUGGACCAUUUUUGCUGAGGCCUUCCUUGCACUCUCAGAAGAUUGCUCGUGCCAAAUGGGAGUUCCUGUUUGGGUCCCACUCCGAAGACCAACAUGAAACAAAAGGCUCCUCCACUGCACCCUCCAGUGGCUGUUCCAGUGAGUCUCCGACACCCAUUCCACCCUUGUCUACCUCCCUAAGGCCUGUAACAACAUACUCAAGACACUGUAAAUCAACCGGCUCUUCGAAAUGCCAUGAUGUACAGCAAGUCAAAGUGGAAUUGAUCAACCAUCAUCCCACAGUGGGGUCCUCCAAUAAGACCAGCAUCAUCAAACGUAUUGUCAAAUAUUCAGAGACAGACAUAGAUGCGGUGCCCCUGCGCUGUUACAGGGAAACAGACCUUGAUGAGGUGAUGCUAGCAGAACAGGAGGAAGUAGACUCUGCUUUUGGCAGUAACCGCAGUGUGCUGGGUACCUCAGGCACUAACAGCAGCAGCCCCCUGGAGGGAAUGCUGUGCCAACACACAGAUGGUGAGGAGGAGCUGCAAGAUGAAGAGGUGGUAAGCUGGGCCAGUGUGAGGAUGCAAGGUGACAAAAAGAGGCAAAAUGCCACACCUGAGGGAGAUGAAGUGUUUAGUCGACUACUGAGAGGUCCCCCAGAUUGCCAGCCUGACAGCCACACGGCUUUGAAGUCUCCCAUCUCUGUGACCAGCCCCUGCCGAAUCUCAUCAGAUGGCUUGGACUCUUUCAGCAGACACUUUGAGAGCAUUAUGGAGUCACACCGUGCCAAGGGCACCUCUUAUAGCAGCCUGGAUAGUGAAGACAUUACCCCUAGUGGCCCACCAGUCUUCACUUUUGAUUUUCCUACUCUCACUCCUGAGAUCCAGAGCCAGAUCUGCGAAAGUGCCAAGCAGAUCAUCGAACUGAGCUUUGCUCCUCUACAGUCCCCCGAACCACCUGCUGUGUCUGAUACCAUAGAGUGUAGGGCUUCCCAGAGCGGUGACUAUGAAGAUGAUAGUCCGUUCUGCGCUGGAUCCUGCUCUGAUCAAGCCCCCAGGCCUGAUUCUGACACAGAUGCUGACAUAAGAGAGAGGCCAUCACGGCCGGUGUCUGAGUCCGAUCCAGAAGUGGCCGAGCGACUGGCUGUGGGCAGCACUGAAACGCUGGCCAAUGGCAACAAACCUGACCUCCAAGCUGCAAAACGGCUGGCCAAACGUUUGUACAAUCUUGAUGGAUUUAAGAAGUCAGACGUGGCACGUCACCUGAGCAAGAACAAUGAUUUCAGUCGCAUGGUCGCUGAAGAGUAUCUCAGUUAUUUUAACCUCUCAGGGAUGACUGUGGAUCAGGCGCUGAGAGUGUUUUUGCGAGAGUUUGCCCUAAUGGGAGAGACACAAGAGAGGGAGCGAGUACUAUCGCAUUUCUCUAAAAGAUACCUCCAGUGCAACCCGAACACUAUACCGAAUGAAGAUAGUGUUCACACAUUGACUUGUGCCCUGAUGCUGCUCAACACUGAUCUGCAUGGCCACAACAUCGGGAAGAGGAUGUCCUGCAUGCAGUUCAUUAGUAACUUGGAGGGGCUGAAUGGUGGCCAAGACUUCCCAAAAGAUCUUCUAAAGGCUCUCUACAACUCUAUCAAAAAUGAAAAGCUGCAGUGGACAAUCGAUGAGGAGGAACUGCGCAAAUCUUUCUCUGAGCUGGACGGCAGGAAAGACUCUGCAUCGCACACUAUGAAGCGGAUCAACAGUGGAGGAAACCCCCUUGUCAGUGUUGCACUGCAGUCCAGUGCUCAGGUCUACAACGACGGCUUUCUUGUGCGGAAAGUUCAUGCUGAUACUGAUGGCAAGAAAACUCCACGAGGUAAAAGAGGAUGGAAGACAUUUUAUGCCGUCCUAAAAGGACUGAUUCUCUACCUGCAAAAGGAUGAAUAUCGCCCAGAUAAGCAGCUGUCUGAUGAGGACUUGAAGAAUGCAGUAUCAAUCCAUCAUUCUUUAGCCAUGCGGGCAGCAGACUAUAGCAAGCGACCCAAUGUGUUUUACCUUCGCACUGCUGACUGGAGAGUCUUUCUCUUCCAGGCCCCCAACGCAGAGCAAAUGCAGUCCUGGAUCACCCGCAUCAACAUAGUGGCCGCCAUGUUCUCUGCCCCUCCCUUCCCAGCAGCCAUCGGCUCCCAAAAGAAGUUUAGCCGCCCUCUUCUGCCAGGCUCAAACACCAAGCUCUCACAGGAGGAGCAGCUUAAGUCUCACGAGACACGAUUUCGAGCCAUUUCUGCUGAUCUCCAGGAGCUGCGCUCUACCCUACACAUAGACCGCAGGACCAAAAGCAAGGACCAAGAAGAGUACAAGCAAAGGGAAGAGUACCUGGACUUUGAGAAAACACGCUACGGAACUUAUGCAAUGUUGCUGAGAGCUAAGAUCCGGACAGGGGAAACGGACCUGGCGGCGUUUGAAGCACGUUUGUUUGAGGACGGUGGCCUACAGAGGGCCCAUUCUAGCCCCACGUUAAGGCAGGACAGCAGUCAUGCCAGCAGCACCAAAGAGUCAAUCAGGAGCAACAGCAGCGGCGGCAGCAGGAGGACCAAACGCUCAGACGGUCAGAGACACAGCUACAGACAGGCUGUCAAACAGUGAGAGGACCUGGGCGGAAGACGUUAUUUAUCUCCAUUCAGCGGCUGAAUAAAGAGCGUUACCAGGACGCCUGCAGUUUAAUUUGAUGGCUGCCCUCAAGUCGUCAUGAUUAUGAAACUGUGGCUGGGGUUGCUGUGCCCCACGAGACCGCUGGUAAAGCUUGCUUUUCUGGCCCGAAUCUGCCAGCGGGCGAAUGAGGAGGAGCACCAGGCUCACAUUGUCUUAUUUUUGUCAGUCUUUGUUUUCUCCACAGACCUGUUCGGUUUAUCUGUGUAUUAUGCUUGUUGAUCGUCGGGUUAAAACUCUCGUGGCUUUUCAUUUGAACAAGCUGAUGUGCAAACUUCAUUUGGUGACCCUGAGAGCGACAACCAAAUGAAAAGUGAUUCUCUUUCCUGUGAACAUACUGUAUGUUGUUCACUUUAUAUAUUUAAGGCAUUGUAGAUUUUGCUUUUUAGACUAUCAUUUCAUCAUCUGAGGUCGAUCAAGCGCUUUAAACCUCAUAGGAUGUUUGAGAAUUUAGUCUGUAUAGUCUUUUAAACCUUCUUAAAGCACGUCUCAAAGCAUGCCUAAGAGUUUGAAGACAAUCAGUUCCUCAUUUGUUAGUUAUUGAGAAUAUGAAUGCAUUUUUUUUUUUUUUUUUGUUUAUACCAUGACAAUGGACUAGUGAUAAUAGUAGUGCAAAUAGCACAUCCCUUGUGAGAAAUAGGUGCACUUAAUUCUACUGAAUGUGCCCUUGUAGUGUACUUCAAAUCUUGAAAGUAUAUUUUUUAAAAGACGGACUUGCAGAUAAUAUAAUAUUAAUAAAAUUAAAGGCCACUUAAGUGUGCUGCAAGUGUUUAACACACUUUUAAAAAGUGCACUUUGUAAUACAUUAAAAUGUAGUUUUACUAAGUUUUAAUAAUCUUGUCAUGUUUUAAUGCACACUUAUUUUGAUGUGACUAAAAUACUAAGGCUUAUGUAAAUUACUUGUUAUAAUUUUAACUGUAGUAUGUUAUUUGAUAUUACAUUUAAAGUUGAUAUAUUUUAAAUGUACUGAAUUGCAACUUCAUCAUUACAAAUGUGUAAUUACAAAAAUAUUUAAAUGUAUGACUUACAAUUUUCAACAGAAAUGACAUUAAAUUGUAUUUUAGUUUACAAUUAAUGCUUGUCAGUACAUUCGACAGUACACUUUAAGGGGUUAGUUCACCCAAAAAUGAAAUUUUUGUCAUUAAGUACUCACCCUCAUGUUGUUCCACAUCUGUACGACUUUCGUUCAUCUUCAGAACACAAUUGAAGAUCUUUCUGAUGAAAUCUGAGAGCUUUCUGUGACAGCAUACGCAACUGAAACUUUGACGCAUCAAAAAGUUCCUAAGUUUUAGGAUUAGUUUUACAAUCUCUUUAUGAAUUUUUUGAAAAAAAGUUUCAGUUGCGUAUGCUGUCACAGAAAGCUCUUAGAUUUCAUCAGAAAGAUCUGAAGAUGAACGAAAGUCUUAAGGGUUUGGAACGAUAUGAGGGUAACAGAAUUUUCAUUUAUUUCAAAUAACCCUUUAACCAUAUUUCAAAAGCAACUGAAGUAAUUACGAAGUUACAUAUAAAGAUAUACUCAAGUCCUAAUUGUGUCAUAAACACUCUUAAUAUUUAUAUUUUAUAUGAAUUUAAACUAAUAUAUUUUCAGUUAAUUGCAAAUAACAGAAUUGCCCGAAAACAUUAAAAGAAUAUUCUUCUGUGCGAACUAAAUGUAAAGAAUAUUUUUUCUGUAAUAAGUACUCUUUUUAAAAGUGCACUAAAGUGUACUUCUUUUUCACAAGGGAUUACGUGCUGUCAUCACUUCAAAAGGAAUGUCUGAAUGACUUUACUCAGUGCUCAAUGACCAAUUACCGUGUGAAACGGUUGGUAAAAGUCAUCAGAGUAAUCGACCCCAUUGUAUUAUUUAGUGUAAUGUGUAUUGAGCUUGAGAAUGACGUGAUGCAAAUUCUCUGUGUCAAAACCCAUUUGGAUAUGGCCAAGCCAUUGAAUUCUCAGGCACUCAUUUUCAAAUUUGUGAUUCAUUCAGUGCUGUGGUAACACUAAAAGGAGGCUCUAAAAGCUGGUUUGUUCAGAGCAACCACAUAUAAUACCUCAAUUGCACUGAGAGACCUGCUCAAGGGAGUGUCAUUAGGGCGGAAAUAAUUCUACCUGUUUACAAACUGAUGCGUUCUUAUGUUCAAAUGAAUUCAUGUGAAAUAUUGCUUUGUAGGAGAGUGAAGGUUAGCUUCUAUGCUGCUUAUCAUAACCUCAUGAAUCAAUGUCCUAUUGAUAUCAGAAACAUGAAGGAUCCAAGAAAUUGUAAAACCUGUAAAACAACACGCUAAUGCAAAUGCAGGCCAUGAAGAUCUAAACUGACUGUUAACACUGCCAGCGUAUAGAUCAAAUUCAGAUAUUAAGGACACAAAAUACACUGACAAAAUCAUUUUGACAAGAUCUGGGACCCAAAUUCCAUCCAAUGGCACUUCAAUAGUGUUACGCUUCGCUGCACUAUGAAUAUUGUGUAUUUAAUGAAAAAGAGUUAUUUAUAUAUUUUGAACAUUUAUUAUCGGUCUUGAGUAUUUGUUUAUGACUGAAGCAUAUUGACUAAAAGGUUUAUAUAUAAAUUUUUAUAGGGAACACUUAACCACUCCAAGUAGUUUGGUGUCACCCAAAGAUUUUGCUGUAAAUGUAACUUAUUUCUUAUAACUUAGUCUUUGUGUUUGGUGUGUUAUCCAUUCUAGCUGUAUAUAAUGUGAAUAUGUUACAGGCGCUCAGUAAAAAUAAUGCUAUAAUGUUUGUAUGUUUUGAAGGCAUAGACAAAAUAAAUCUGUUUUGAAAGGAUAACUGGAAAAGAA